CAACCCGGCUGUAAUUCAUAGCCCGGCUGUAAUUCACAGCCCUGCUGUAUUUCAUAGCCCGUCACUACAAACAACAUCUCCACAUGCUGAUAUACCUUGUUUCAUCAUAACCAGUCAUCCGCUGGAAAUUCCAGGAAGGGACUCCUAUGUUUCUGGAACAGAAACCUGUGGGUCAUGCCGUAGGUCUACGUAGACUAAAUUACCUGAGCGUGACUAAACGAAAACAUCCCCCGUGCAUACUUCUCCGUGACUCAUCUUCCUAUCACAAAAAGAGUUCAACAUCGAUACCGAAUUCUAUGAAUAAUCUUUUUUUUUUUUUAACGAAUGGAUAUAUAUGCUACAUUCUACAUCUAAGAGAGAUUAAAAUGUAAUUGAAUAUGCCAUGUUCAUCAGCCUACCUUUAUCUCAAAUGAAAAUAAAACUCUCCCCAUUUUCUCCAGCCACAUUCAGCCCAAAAGCCCGACCGCCGCCUGCCGGUGUUUAGUUAUGUUUAGUUACCGUUGCAUCAGAAACCUGUCACACCUGUUCGGUUGCACCUGGGACCAAUAUGUCAAAUCAACCUGGGGAAAGAACAUACAUUGUCAAGAUCUCGAACUCUUAAUGUAAAGCGAAUUCAUUGAUCUAGAUAUUGGUUAUUACGUUAAGUCACGGCUUUAUUCUCUAUAUCUGGCGAUAUGUGUACUAUUUCUCUCUCUCAAUUCAAUGGGCUUUAUUGGUACGGGAAACAUGUUUACAUUACCAAACCGAGUGAAAUAAAUAAUACAAAAUGAACAGUAAACAUUACACUCACAAAAGUUCCAAAAGAAUAAAGACAUUUCAAAUGUCAUAUACGGUUUAUACACCGUGUUGUAACGAUGUGCAAAUAGUUAAAGUACAGAAGGGAAGAGUUAUUUUCUCUCUCUCUCCCUCUUGGUUUUAAUGUCACCUUAAUGCAGGAAGUCACAGGUGAGUAUCGCUCAAACAGAGACACGCCCUGAAACCCGACGCUGCGGUACAACUUUAUGCAGGUACUCGACAACAGGAGUGUAAUUAUACAUCCAAACAGUUGUUUUGCAACUAAAACGAACGUUUCUAUUGGACAAAUUCAGGUAGAUCACUCCCCGUGUCGUUACGUUUGCUUUCGUUUAAGAAACGUUUUGCAACCGAAUCAGCGUAAUGAAUACUCCUCAGAUAUCCGGGAAAGGGCCGUUCGCGAUCAUUCCUGGAGGAUACUACACUACUAAAAGUGCGAUUUGCUACAAAGGAAAUACUCUGAGUUCAUAUUGAUUGUAUUGAAAUUGGUUUCCUGAACUGUAUUCUUUAGGUUGCAGUGUUUCUUUUUUAAUAUAUAUAUUUUGUUGUUGCUCGUUUGUGAAUCACCUGAGACCGCAGGACUCCAUUGAAGACAAAAGGCCAACCCUACACUCCCUCCCCCUGGAAUUUACCUGAGGAGUAGCUGGCCUACUGAGACCAGGAACAGACAGACUUAUCGGGUCGCCAGCCACCAUGGACUACAUGGACACUGGAAUGAGAUACACCCCCAACAAGGGCCCGGACAGGGACUGGGACCAGGAUGUGACGUUCCUCCCAGCAGCUGACAGUAAGAAGUUAGAAAAGAAGAAAGGACCAGGGAGAGUCGGGGCUGUGACCGGCAUCGUUAUCUUUGCCGCUGUCAUCGCCCUUAUGACCGGUCUACUGGUCUGGCACUUCCACUAUCGUAAGGAUAUGCGUAUCAAGAAGAUGUACAGCGGGUCUAUGAAGAUCACCAACCAGGCGUUUGUGGAUACCUAUGAAAACUCAACCAGCACUGAGUACAGGGCGCUGGCCGAACAGGUCGUUAAACAGCUGAGAACACUCUACAACAAGAUGCCCCAGCUGUCCAAGUACUAUGUUGGCUCCACCGUACAAGCCUUCAGUGAAGGCAGUGUGAUAGCCUACUACCUGUCGGAGUUCGAAGUACCACGUGGUCAGGAAGCAGCGGUGGACAAGGCUAUGUCCUCCAUGGACAAGGUAGUGGAUAAGGUGCAGAGGGGCUUUUCGAACAGGCCUGGCAACGAUCUGUUGUUUGAGGAGGUCAUGAACUCCGCUCUGGAUUCUAGAAUGUUCUCAACGUCCUUCAGUGAAUCCUACAGGUACGCAGAACACACCAGAGUGAAUAAGAUUGUUCCAAUCACGUCACCCGGUUUCCCCAAUACUCCGUACCCGCCCAACACUUUCGUCCAAUGGCAGCUGAGAGCCGACCCUGGUCACGUGCUCAAACUGGACUUUGAUACCUUCAACCUAGAGGAGGACUGUGGUAACGACUUUGUUAAGGUCUACGACUCCCUGGUGGCCAUCGAGAGUCACGCCAUGGAAGAGAUUUGUGGCUACCACUCUCCCAGCUCCCCCCUGACCUUCCAGUCCUCCCGAAACGUGAUGCUGGUAACCUUGGUUACUAAUAAGGAAAAUAACUACCCAGGACUCAGAGCCCAAGUCUCUCAGGUCCCUCGGAACAGCAAAGAGCUGGAAUGUGGUGGCCAGCUGUCAGGAGAGACGGGGGAAUUCACAUCCCCAAACUACCCCAACUACUAUGCUCCCAACACCAGAUGUGAAUGGAAUAUACAGGUCCCUGCUGGGAAGUCCGUGAAGGUCAAGUUCAGUUCCUUCCUGUUAUCAGAGCUGGGUCAGGAGAACACUAAGGACUGUAACAAGGACUAUGUAGAGAUCAACAACAAGAGGUAUUGUGGAGAACUUCCAAACAGUCCCGUAGUAACCAGUGACACGAACACCAUGAAGGUAGUCUUUUUCUCUGACGCCUCGUAUGUAGACAGAGGAUUCAGCGCCAAGUACGAGACCUUCGAAUCCACGGACCCCUGUCCCAACAAGUUUCAGUGCAACAACCAGCGUUGUGUCAAAACGGAUCUGAAGUGUGACGGCUGGAACGACUGUGGAGAUAUGAGCGACGAGAUGAACUGCAAGUGUGAUUCCACUCAGAUCAACUGUAAGAACGGCCUGUGUAAACCUCAGUUCUGGGAGUGUGAUGGCGUGAACGACUGCGGAGAUGACACCGAUGAGCAGAACUGUGGUGCUUGUAAGGCGGGGGAGCUGACAUGUCAGAACGGGAAGUGCGCGUCGGAGAAGAAACGCUGUGACGGGAAGGAUGACUGUGGAGACGGGUCAGACGAGAGCGACUGUGGACGAAUCAUGGAAAAUGUGCAGUGUUCUGACUCCACCUAUAAGUGUGAGAACAACAAGUGUACCAACAAGGAGAACCCGGAGUGUGAUGGAACACCUGACUGUGAGGACAAAUCAGAUGAGGCCAACUGUGAUUGUGGGCGGAGCCUGUUUAAAACUAGCCGUAUCGUGGGUGGCCAGGACGCAGAGGAAGGGGAGUUCCCGUGGCAGGUCAGCCUCCACAUUAAGAACUCCGGGCACGUGUGUGGCGCUUCCAUCAUCAGCCAGCGCUGGCUGGUUACUGCUGCUCACUGUGUACAGGAUGACGCCAAGACCAGGUACUCCCAGCCAGGUGUAUGGGAGGCGUACCUCGGCCUUCACGUCCAGAAGCAGAACAGUAAGAACGUUCAGAAGAGGAACCUGCGUCAGGUGAUCCCCCACCCGUACUACAAUGCCUACACCUUCGACAACGACAUCGCUCUGAUGGAGCUCGACAGCCCCGUGACCUUCUCCGAUUACAUCAGACCCAUCUGUCUGCCCUCGCCACAACACACCUUCCCCCAGGGGAACUCUGUCUGGAUCACAGGUUGGGGCGCCACACGAGAGGGAGGCUCUGGUGCAUCUAUCCUGCAGAAGGCCCAGGUCCGUAUCAUCAACAGUACGGUGUGUAACCGCCUGAUGGGAGGACAGAUCACCUCCAGGAUGACGUGUGCUGGGGUGCUGACUGGAGGAGUGGACGCCUGCCAGGGGGAUUCUGGCGGGCCUCUGUCCAGUCCUGGUACGAGUCGUAUGUUCCUGGCUGGAGUGGUGAGUUGGGGUGACGGCUGUGCUCGUAGGGACAAGCCUGGAAUCUACAGCACCGUCACCAAGUUCAGGGGCUGGAUCAAGGAGAAGACCGGCGUUUAAACAGGAAACGACUAGUUUAAACAGGAAACGGGGGGGAAACGACGAGUGCUUCCGACGGAUGAACACGCCAGUACUGUACAGAUUACUGGUUCGCCGGGACCUCAACCCUCCGCUCCCUUUCAUUAUCCGGGAGUGAUGAACUAUUUUCCACGUUUUGACAUCAGGCCUCAAAAUGCACUCCCCUUUUCAUAUCGAUGGACUAUGGACCGUUGGUUGGUUUCCUCUGUAGAAAGGCAGAUGCCUUUUAAUGUCUAAAUGUUUAUUUUAAUGACUGGUGUCUAAAUGUGUAUUUUUAUAUGAGGAGGAAUAGGUCGUUUUUGGGGGGGGGGAGUGUUUUUAAGAAUUGUAAAUAAUGUCAAAUUUUGUGCGGUUUUUUUUUUAAAUAUUUUUUUUUAGAUAUAUUAGUUUUGCCAUUUUGCAAUCAGUCAUUUGGAUUGGAUUGGACACAAUAUUUUCUGGUAUAUUUUGCAGGUAGGAUUUAGGCCAUUUGUAACAAAUAACUAUGUAGAACCACUGUUACGUCCAUAAGGAGACUGUGUGUUCCGUUGCUUGUCAUUGGAUUUGAAUCAUUUCCCCUUACGUUUGUUUUCUCUUACGCCAUCUUUCAGAACCGUCUCUUAAAUGUGAAUUCAGACUCUUUUACUUGUUGUCCUUGUACUCAUCAUGGGGGGGAGGGGGGUCUCAAUUCCAAAUGGGGCCAUAUUCCCUAUGAGGUGCACUACUUUUGACCAGGAUCCAUAAGGGCUCUGUUUUUAAAGGUAGUACACUAUGUAGGGAAUCGGGUGCUAGUUGAGACGCAGGCCUACUGAAGGGCUCAAACAGACAGUGACCCCCAGCUCCAUCCUAUCUACUAGGAUUUGGUAUUUGACACCAAUAGUUUGUUGAAAUACCAGGAAGUCCUGAUGCGACAUAAUGAUGAAUAAUUUUUAUUUUAUUUUUUUAAAUGUGAUUUAUUCCUGAUGGCCUUUUUUUUUCUCCUCCAACUUUUAUUUCUCAUCAGGGAUUGUAUUUAAUUUGUGUCCAAACGUAAACGCUUUUAUAACAGAAUAAAGCUUCGUUAGAGAUUGCCUGUAGGUUAGCAUUGUGCAUAUAAACAACUUUUGAGGACAUACAAAUUUAUCAAAUUUAACUUAGAAAUAAAACAAUAUUCAGCAUUUAUCAAAUCAAUCACUUACUGUAAUUUUGUUUUUUAUAUAAGUGUUUGAAAAAUAAAUAUGAACAACAAAUUA